AUUACCUUCAUACAAAUUCUAUUACAUUCUCUUCCCUUUUCCUCUCAAAAACUUAGUUUCCCUUCUUCCUUUAAUCCCACAUCGAGAAGAAAGUCUUCUUUUAAGAUGUCUAAUAAUUGCUCCAAUAUCCCCAACAUGUCCCAGACUUUUGGGCACGAGGAGUUCUUUUCCCGCCAGUGCAUAUGGACCAAUGGCCCGGUCAUCGUCGGGGCAGGUCCGUCGGGCCUCGCCGUGGCGGCUGGCCUCAAGAGGCAAGGUGUCCCAUUUAUAAUCUUGGAACGGGCAAACUGCAUUGCCUCUCUUUGGCAGAACCGUACCUAUGACCGCCUUAAGCUCCACCUGCCUAGGCAAUUCUGCCAGCUCCCUGACUUCCCCUUUCCGGUGGACUUUCCCGAAUACCUCACCAAAUACCAGUUCAUUAGCUACCUUGAGUCCUACGCCAAACACUUCGACAUCACCCCGCAUUUCAAUGAGACAGUGCAGUUCGCUAAGUACGAUGAGACUUUCCACCUGUGGCGCGUCAAGACUGUCUCGACGAGCGGCUCUCUUCCGGUAGAAGUUGAGUAUAUUUGCCGGUGGCUCGUGGUGGCUACAGGGGAAAAUGCAGAGAAGGUGGUACCGGAGUUUGAAGGCUUGGAGGAAUUCGGCGGUCAUGUUUCCCAUGCUUGUGACUAUAAAUCCGGUCAAAUUUACUCUGGAAAGCGAGUACUGGUGGUCGGAUGUGGAAAUUCUGGCAUGGAACUCUCCCUUGACCUCUGCAACCACAAUGCAUGUCCUUCAAUGGUGGUCCGAAGUUCUGUUCAUGUUUUGCCAAGAGAAGUGCUCGGAAAAUCGACAUUCGAACUGGUAAUGCUGAUGAUGAAGUGGCUACCACUCUGGUUGGUGGACAAGAUACUGCUGAUUCUUGUACGUCUGAUUCUCGGAAACAUCGAGGAGUACGGUCUAAAGAGGCCGUCAACAGGACCUUUAGAGCUGAAAUACACUGCCGGAAAAACCCCUGUCUUGGACAUUGGAGCAUUAGACAAAAUCAGAUCCGGCCAGAUCAAGAUUGUUCCUGGGAUAAAGAGGUUUUCCAGAGGCAGAGUGGAGCUUGUUAAUGGAGAAAUCCUUGACAUUGACACUGUCAUUCUCGCAACUGGGUACCGCAGCAAUGUUCCUUCAUGGCUUAGGGAAAAUGACUUCUUUUCCAAGGAUGGGAUUCCAAAGAAUCCAUUUCCAAACGGGUGGAAAGGGAAUGCAGGGCUUUAUGCAGUUGGGUUCACAAGGAGGGGGCUCUCUGGUGCAUCAGUGGAUGCAAUCAGUGUGGCUCAUGACAUUGCUAAGGGCUGGAAAGAAGAAACAAAGCAGAAGAGGAAAUCUGUGGCGGCCCGACAUAGAAGAUGCAUAUCACUUUUUUAAUUUCACAACACUCUUCUAAAUUUGAUUAUUGCUUCUUUUGUUUAAUUUGAAGAUAGAGAAGAAUGUAAAAAAAUAAAAUAUAAAAAAUAGAGGAAGGAAAUUGAGUAGCCCUCUUCUAAGGAAAACCCAAGAUCUGGAAAUUAUUGGGUUUUUUUCCUUUUCUUUUUUCAUUUUUGUGGAGAGGAAGAUGAGGCUUAUAAAAUUUAUUGCUUUCU